GUCUUCGCAGAGCGGCGGAUCGGGCGGCGGGCGAGUCAGCUGACGAGGUAAACAAACCGCCGUGAGAGCUUCGCGGACGGACACACCGAGCGGGUCUCAGCGGAGAUGGAGGCCCAGAAGUACGCUGGCAGCAUUCAGCUUCCGGAUACUGAUGUUGUGUUUAGGAAUAUAAAGAAUGCCAAGCGCUUUGCUAUUGAUAUAGGGGGUUCGCUGACAAAGAUAGCCUAUUACUCAACAGUAUCCCACAGAAAAGUCUUAUACAAUACUGAAAAGGAAACAACUAAUACUGUAGAAGGCGAUGAUUAUAAAUACGAGAGUUCAGAGACAGAGCGUUUGCACUUUGUGAAAUUUGAGACAAAAUACAUUGAGCAAUGUCUGAACUUCAUCCGGGAUCAUCUGGUGAACAGCAAGGAGUCCAUGGCAGGAAAAAGCAUAAAGGCUACUGGUGGUGGAGCUUACAAAUAUGCCGACCUUAUCUACGAGAAACUUGGUUUAGCUGUAGAAAAAGAAGAUGAAAUAGGAAGCCUCAUAAAGGGAUGUAAUUUUUUGCUGCGUAACAUCCCUGAUGAGCAGUUUUCCUAUAGUCGGCAUGAAGAGCCUGAAUAUCGUUUCAUCAAUACUGAACCCAACAUCUUCCCUUAUUUGCUUGUCAACAUUGGGUCCGGUGUCAGCAUUAUGAAGGUGGAAUCAGAUGACAAGUAUGAAAGGAUUGGAGGCACAAGCAUGGGUGGUGGAACCUUUUGGGGUUUAGGGUCCUUAUUGACCAAAGCCAAGGGCUUUGAUGAGCUCUUGCACCUGGCGAGCGAGGGAGAUCAUCGCAAUGUUGAUCUCUUGGUAAAGGAUAUAUAUGGUGGUGACUACAGUGCUUUAGGGCUGACUGGAGAUAUAAUUGCAUCUAGUUUUGGCAAGGCAAUGCACCAUGGACACACAAAGAAUGAUGGAAAUCCAGGUUUUUCAGAAGCAGACAUAGCAAGGAGCUUACUGUUCACAGUUAGCAAUGACAUUGGCCAGAUAGCUUCUCUCUAUGCAAUGCUUCAUGGACUGAAGAAGGUUUAUUUUGGUGGAUACUUCCUUCGUAAUCACCCACUCAGUAUGCACACCAUCAGCUUUGCCAUAAAUUACUGGAGUCGAGGGGCAGUGCAAGCAUUGUUUUUACGACACGAAGGGUACCUAGGGGCUGUAGGUGCAUUUUUACGAGGGGCUGAAGAGUGUGAUUCUGAGAAGUAUUCCUGGGGUGAGAACUAUGCUGGCUCUUCAGGGCUUCAGUCUCCAUUACCUCAUCCUCCUGUUGGAGGCUGGCCUGGUGGAACCAUUGAUCAGCUGGAGAUUGAUCGUUGUGAUCAGCAGCUAACAUUCUUCCCCUUACUUGCUCAUCCUGAAGAAUAUGUACCUGAUACUGUAGACCUUACCAAGGAUAAAGAAGCAAGAGACUACUGGCUGUCGUGCUUUGAGGGUUCUCUCGGUAGUUUUGUCAGCCGGGCUGUCUCAUCCCAACCCAAUAGCAUAGAUGCUGUGGAGAGAGCCAACAGAUUUCGUGAAAAGUAUUUGCAAAGGCUUCACAAUCUGAAGAACCAUCCAUUUGCAUAUGGUAACCUGACUGUGAGGAGCUUAUUGGAUAUGAGGGAACAUUGUCUCAAUGAGUUUGAUUUUCCUGACCCAUAUCUUCAACAGAAAAAGUUUGAAAAUGAAAAUGCCCUGAAAUUGUUGAAGGACCACCUGAAAUAUCUUGAUUCCCUAGAAUGGAAGGAACGUCAAGAGGUCCUGAUCAGGGGCGUGUUAGCAGGGAAUGUAUUUGACUGGGGAGCCAAGGAAGUCGUAGAACUCAUGGAAGCAGGACUUGGUUUUAAGGAGGCUGCAGGGAAACUUGAAAUUCGCCCGUGGCUUCAUGAUGACCUAGAUGCUUGGAUUGCUCGACAGGAGGGACGGCCAUACAAAUGUGCAGUUAUUUUCCUGGAUAAUUCUGGCUGUGAUGUUGUCCUUGGCAUUAUACCUUUUGCGAGAUCACUACUAGCCCAAGAUACCAGAGUUGUACUCUGUGCAAAUAGUAAACCUGCAUUAAAUGAUGUAACUGCAGAAGAGCUUAUUAUGCUUAUGAAGCAAGUUGCAACAGUGUGCCCUAUCAUAAACCAACAUCUUGAUUCUGGAACUCUUUGCAUACGAGAGUCUGGCCAAGCCUCACCGUGCCUUGAUCUAAGUCGCCUUCCAAUUUCGUUAUUGGAUGAAUUGUGUACAUGGGACUGUGACCUUGUUGUUGUGGAGGGAAUGGGAAGAGCAGUCCACACAAACCUUAAUGCUGUCUUCACGUGUGAUUCUCUCAGAUUAGCUGUUAUUAAGAACAGAUGGCUGGCAAAUAGACUUGGCGGGAAUAUGUUUUCCGUUAUGUGCAAAUAUGAAGCUGGUAUGCAGAAAGCAAAUGCUGCUGCGAAGUCAAGCAAUAUAUCAGAAAAUGUCAUACAAGAGUGCUUGUCAGUAUCAAGCAACUAAGAAAAGUAUGUUAUUACCAAUUUUGUUGUAUUGUAUAUGGCAAUAUAAAUUAUUUUACAACUGCAAUAGGAAAUAUAUACAUUUGCAUAUAAAAAGUUUAUAUACAAUUGUUGCUUCAGUUUAAUUAUAAGUUUCCUUUUUUUGUAAGGACAAAGUUGUUCUUAUUUAUUACUAGAAAAUGUGAAAAUAUAUCUUAGUAUUUUUGUGAGUAAAUAUUUUGUAGUUAUGGUACUUGUAUAUCCAAAAAAAUGACAUUUCUGAUGAAUGAAACCUUAGUUUUGUGUAUUUUAAUAGACUGCAAUAUUGUAUUUAUCUAUCUUUAUGUGGCUGAAUACUUAUACUUGAGAGUUUGAAUAAAAUUUAUUUGUUAUA